AUGGACCGCAACUCGUCGCCGCCACGCGCAGCGAUGGGAUCGACAACAUCGCUCAUUCAGCAACCACUUCCACUGACCGCAUCUCCUCCGCGUGUCACGGCAUCGCGCUCGGAGCGGUUGCUGAGGGACGUGCGCAUCUUGCGCCCACCACCCAAGCCACGGAAGGACCGCGAUCGAUCCAAGGCCGGACGCGCAGCGCCGGGUCUCGGGCUAGGAGCGGCGAAGCUCUGGGCGUCCAAGAAUCCACAGCCGAAGCCGCUAGUACCUGUGACAGAACGCAAGUCACACGAGGAGACGCUCGCGGGGCGGAGGGCAAGGAAGGGCAGCAAGGAUGAGGGGAAGUGGGAUCUUACCCCAGACGGGGGCUCUGCGGGUCGGGAGGGCAGGCAGUUUGCUGUUGCCAACGUUGGGAACAAUGGUCGCAUAUAUCUGAGGUAG